GCUAACCCGGAAGAGGUUGCGUUACGGUGUUUUGGAGACGGUGGUGUGGGCCGCCGAGGCUUUUUCGGCAGCUGCGGCGCUAGGAUGAACGCUCCUCCUGCUUUUGAGUCAUUCUUGUUGUUCGAAGGCGAGAAGAAGAUCACCAUUAACAAGGACACCAAGGUACCCAAUGCCUGUUUGUUCACCAUCAACAAAGAAGAUCAUACAUUAGGAAACAUCAUUAAAUCACAGCUGCUGAAGGACCCACAGGUGCUGUUUGCUGGCUACAAAGUCCCCCACCCCUUGGAGCACAAGAUCAUCAUCCGAGUGCAGACCACGCCAGACUACAGCCCACAGGAGGCCUUCACCAAUGCCAUCACAGACCUCAUUAGCGAGCUCUCCCUGCUGGAAGAGCGAUUCCGGGUGGCCAUCAAAGAUAAGCAAGAAGGAAUCGAGUAGUGGGCUGGAAGCAGUCUGGGUUGGCCAGUUCCUACCCUGCACCAGGCCUGCCUUUCAGCACCAAGUAGAAGACCACAGCCUCUGGCAGCUGUGGUCCUCUUUGGAGCUAUCCCAGAGGGCCCCUCACCCCGACACCGGUGUGUCCUGUACAUAGAUUGUUUUAUCUUCCUAAUAAAGUGUGGCUGGCAAAGA